AUGGCUACAAAUAAUUAUUUGAAUGUUGCAAAUAAAAAAAUGAAGCUUUAUCAAGAUAGUAUAAUUAAUGAAACAGAAAAAUUUAAUUUAAAUGAUUGUGUUGGUGUUAAGAUUAAUACAGUUGAUACAACAAAUGCUAAUGCAAAACUUUUACCAUGCUUAAUUAUCGAAAAAAUUGAAAAAGAUGGAAAAAUUACGUUUAAGUUGGCAUGUCAAUAUGGUAAAUUAGAAAAUAUGUGCUCAGUUGAACAUCUUAUUGACUUAAAAAUGGCUUGUUCAAAAGCAUUAAAAAAAAUUAUUAUUGAUGAGUUAAAGGAUAUUACAUUUAUUGAAGCAUGUAAGCUUUACGUACGCGCAUCAAUAACUGGUAAAACCUGCGAUUGCAAGGAUAAGUGUGCUACAAAACAAUGUUCCUGUAAAAAAAUGAAAGUUUCAUGUUCGACAAAAUGUCAUUCAAAACGAGGUGGUUGUACAAAUAUGGAUGAAUAG